AUGACAAAAUUGCGCAUUGUUGUAAUCAUGGACUUAUCCUAUAAUCAAAUUACUGGAAAUAUUCCCAGUAUCAUUGGUGCUUUUGAGAGCCUAAGUUAUCUAAACAUGUCAAAGAACUCAUUCCAAGGAAACAUUCCACAAUCUUUUGGACAAUUGAGGGGAAUGGAUCAACUGGAUCUCUCAAACAAUAAUAUCUCUGGUACCAUUCCAAAAUCUCUUGAGACACUUCCAUAUCUCAAGUAUUUGAAUUUGUCCUUAAAUAGGCUAUCGGGAGAGAUUCCAUCCACCGGACCUUUUGCAAACUUCACCGCAGAAUCAUUUUUAGGUAAUGAAGCACUUUGUGGGAAUCCAAUUUUUGGAGUUCCAUCUUGUUUGCCUAUCACAUUGCCUACAGUGGAUCAUAAAAUGAUAUUAUAUCAAGAGCUUUCUCCUGGAACAAAUAACUUUUGUGAGAGCAACUUGCUUGGAAAAGGAGGUUUUGGUUCUGUGUACAAAGGAAUACUAUCUGAUGGGACUAUCAUUGCUGUCAAAGUUCUAAAUCUGCAAUUGGAGGGUGCUUUCAAAAGUUUUGAUGUUGAAUGCAAGGUGUUAAGGGCAAUCUGA